GAGAGCACGCAGAAACUUUGCCUUUAGCACUUGCCCCGCAGCAGCUCAAGGCUAGGACGACAUGGUCGGCACAUUGCAGCACAUCACUUUCUACAACGGCCAGAAGAUGCCCAUUGUAGGCCUGGGUACUUGGCAGGCCAAGGUGGGCGAAGUGGGUAAAGCCGUGGACGCGGCCCUAGCAGCAGGCUACAGGCACAUCGAUACCGCCUACUCCUACCGCAACGAGAAGGAAAUAGGCGAAGUGCUGAAGAAGUGGUUCGACUCUGGGAAGCUGAAGAGAGAAGACGUGUUCAUCGUCACCAAGCUGCCAUUGAUCGGUAUGCGGCAUUCUGGGGUGGAGAAGUACCUGAAGAAGUCCCUGUCCGGCCUCCAGGUGGACUACGUGGACCUGUACCUGGUACAUAACCCCAUCGGCUUCCAGGACGUGGACGAUGGAGGCUACCCCAAGGACAAAGACGGGCAGGUGCUGCUAGACAUGACCACAGACCACAUCAGCAUAUGGAAGGGGAUGGAGGCUCAGGUGGACGCUGGACGGGCGCGCUCCAUAGGGCUGUCCAACUUCAACGCGCGCCAGAUCAAGCGGGUGUGGCAAUCGGCGCGCAUCAAACCCGCGAACCUGCAGGUGGAGAUGCACGCCUACUUCCAGCAGCGAGAGCUCAGGGCCUUCUGCCGCGCGCUGGACAUCACCGUCUGCGCCUGGGGUCCACUGGGCACGCCUCAGAUCUACUCUUUCGUCGAGAAGCAGGGCGGCGAUGUCAGCAAACUGCCGAGGUAUGACCUGCUGGGAGAUCCAGUUGUGAAGCGCAUAGCGCAGAAGCACGGCAAGACCACUGCCCAGGUACUGAUCCGCUUCCUCAUGCAGUUGGAGGUCGCUGUCAUUCCCAAGAGCUCCAACCCCACUCGCGUUGAAGAGAACUUCGCGGUAUUUGAUUUCGAGCUCCCUCCAGAAGACAUGGAAGCCCUGGAAGCGUUGGACAAGGGACGUAAAGGCAGAUUGGGAAGCGAACACUCACAACCUGGGAGCGGGAGGCAUCCUGAAUGGCCGUGGUUUGAACCCUACUAGUAGAGAAGAGAAGACUACUAUCAACAGCAGUCUAGCUGCGACUGAAACGUACCUGUGUUAGAAAAUGCUCAGCUAUAUUGCAACUUCUUUUAAUGAUGUUAAAUUCGUGACAAUAAAUCGUGUACUACAAAAGAAAUCACUACGAAACCACGACAGGCAAUUUUAAUUAUUUAUCGACAUUGAAAUUAAAAAAAAAAUCCAUUCACUUUCCAAGAUUGAAAAUAAUUUGGUUUUUACUACCAUAAAUUUUUGCCUUGUAAACAUGUCAGUACUGAUUACUAUGUAACAUAUUCCCACAUUAACGAUUUAAUUCCAGUACAUGUCUGCCCUCGCAGCUACAUCCGCUAGCGUAAUUGUAAAGAGAUAGAUAGAGUUUGACCUAGUGUGUAGCACGUGGGACGGUCGACCAA